AUGAGGUUGCAAGAACUUCAAGAUGCUAUAAACAAACUUCCAUUGAGACAUCCAAUUGACGUCAAAUUGUAUUGGAGAGCAUCUGAGUUAGGUCAGAAGGUUUUAUAUGAAACAGGUUGCUUCGACGAUGUUUAUGAGAUAACAGGAGAAGUUUCUCAGAAGAUAAGAGACUCACUUGAAUUUCCACAAACUGGACCAAUUGGUUGCGACAAGUUCGACUCAAACGAAAAGAUAUACUAUGUCGACCUUAACGCUGCAUACAUGAGGUUUGUCCAAUAUAUUCCGACUGGAAUUCCAAACGAAGAUGGUGAGUUCCCGGGAAGGAACUAUACAGUUGGAAAAGUCAUACAACAACUGUAUGAUAUUAGGAAAGCUUCAAACCCCAAACUUGCAAUGACACUCAAAUUGCUUAUGAAUUCGACAUGGGGAUAUUCCAUUAAGAAACCUCAAGAGAUGAAGAGUAAACAUUAUGAGAAGGUCGACAACUUUGUUGAAAGGUUUUCUCCUUUUGUUUUGAAGUACGAAUUCACUCAAGGUCAAAGUGGCUUAGUAACCACAUUAAAACCUAUUGUCGAACAUUGGUCUUACCCUCAGUUCGCAAAGGCAGUCCUUGACAACUACAACAAAUUCUUCUCCGAAGUCAAAUCGAAAGUUGUGGUUUACUAUGAGAACAUUGACGCACUCAUGACGAACGAAGAAGGGUACAACAAACUCAUUGAAAUGGGAAUGGUCGGUGAAAAGAUGGGCUGUUUUAAGCUAGAUAAGGUAUUUUCCGAAGUUCAUGUCCUCUCCAAGCGUAAGUACUGGGGUAUACUUGAAGACGGCACAGAAAUAAAACAUUGCAUGAAGUAA